AUGGAGCAAUUGCAGUGCACCUUUCAGGAAGAAUCCGUUGAAUUCGAACACUGUGUGUUCCCAACGUACUUGUAUCACCAUUCCGGUGCGUACAAAGGUCGUGUCGUGAUCGUUCACGGGUACAGAGACCUGCAUGAGUUCUACUUUGGUCUGAUCAAUGUUCUCACCGCAGGCGGAUACGACGUGUUUUUCUACUUCAUGCGGGGUGAGGGGACAUCCAAGCCCGCCAGCAACUCCUACGCCAGCAACGACGACUCCCGCGUGUACAAAGACAUGGAUUUCAUCAUCAAACGGAAUCUGGAUCAGCUACAGCCGGCAGAGAAGCUGAACUUGUUCGGCCAUUCUUUAGGAGGAGCAUUGGUUUUAUGCUAUGCGGCCAUUGGUACUUACAAGGACCGGCUGCGGUGUGUGGCCUCGUGUGCGCCGCUGAUCGAGCUGGCUCCAGAAACAGGCGUGUCUUUGGUGGAAGAGUGGGCCUUACGGACGGUGUGUCAUUUCGUUCCUCCCGCUCGGUACAUCCGUAUCAAGACCCCGUUGCGGGUGGAGUUCUUGUCGACGUUGCCGGAGAUCCAGCAGCACAUUUUGAACCGCGAGUCGACGAGCCAGUUGCGCGGAACUCUUGUUGAGGCGCGCGACUUUGUUCUGCGUGGACGGCGGCUUUUGCACCAGGACUUCUACUCGCAGAUCAGCACCGAGCUUCCGGUUGCCAUUUUCCACGGAGACGACGACCACAUCAACGACUGUCGUGCGAGCCAGAAGUUCAUUGAUGGUCUCCAAAAGAUCGGCAACAAACACGCACAGUACCACGAGUUCAAAGACGGCCGCCACGAGCUGCUUGCGGAAUUCUGCAGCACCGAUUUCUUUGACGGGGUGUUGAAAUUUCUGGACGCCAAUUCGGGCGCGGGUCAAUAA